GUACCGUGCGCUUUUUUGACAAUGACAGAAUUUAACUUAGCGGCAAUGCGUUUGUGUAUGUGGGCUUGUGUGAAAGUGAAACAGCUAAAACCAUUUUCCUGGACACCAGUAGCUUCUUUUAGGAAUCUGUUUUUGGUUUGGCUCAGCAAAAAAGUUUCGAUUAUUAACGAUGGUGAAACGCGGUCGAAGAAGAGGCAAAAAGGCGCUUAAAAGGGACGGCUCCCAGUUAGUGGCGAAGCCUUCAAGUGCCACAUCGAACAUCGACUUUUCGCCAAGAGUACAUCCUAGUACGAAUGAUUGCUAUCCAUUAAAUAAGCUUUGUCGUUUGUGCCUGUUGUCCAAUACAAAUAUGGAACCGAUAUUUUCUUUUCCUGGGGACGAUAGACUGGUCGAUAAAAUCUUCCAGUGCACCAAUCUGAAGAUUUCUGAGAAUGAUAACCAAGGAAUUCCGACGUCGAUUUGCGGUCAAUGUAAGAAGCAACUUGAUCAAUGUUAUGAGUUUCGUUUGCUUUGCUGGAAAAACAACGAAGUACUGCAUAAUCUCCAUGCAAUUCUCAGCCCACGAAAAGCUACGGCACCUAUUGCGCGUCCUGAACAAACAAUUUUGUCCAACCCUGUUGUGCAACUGAAGAAACUAGACAUGAACGCAGGCCCAUCACAGCGUGAUCAAAUUGAUCUGUCUAAACUUUGUUCUACACCUAGAGCAGGAAAAAGAGGAAAUUCGUCAAGACGCAGUUUCGGCGAAAUUUCAUUAAAUCAGCUGUACACGCCGACUCGUCGUGGUCAUAAAGCAUCCAGUAUAUAUCCUCGGUUCUCAAAGGAACUAGUAGUGCGACUAAGUCCUAUAUCUGCCGCCCUCAUUAAUAAAUAUAAAAAGGUUGCUGGAAGUACAAAGACAAAAGCAGCAGUGAAGUCGUUUGCCCAGCCUGUUAAACCUAGGGGAAGACCAAAGUCUUUUCCACAAUCGGUUACAAAAGCCAAACCUCCAUCAGCUAGUAAACCUCCGCCAGUUUUCAAAUCUCCGUCUCCUGCUAAAUCUCCAUCAGCUACUAAAACAAGAGUGGAAAAAAGGACUCCAAAAGUAACGAAAGCAACUAAACCAAUAAAAUCUCCAAAAGCAACGAAGCCUAAACCUGCAGCACCCGUAGCGAAAAAACCCAAGGUCAAACGGGUUGAGAUUGCGAUGCCACCCAAGAAACGCAAGGAAAAUUUUGCAGCGGUGGUUCCCACAACCGUUACCUGUUUACUGUGCUCACAGUCCUUUGUCAGCCAGAAAACUCUCAGUCGUCAUAUGGCCACCCACGAAAAUGACUUGCUUAUAGAUACAUUGAAUCGCAAGUUGAACCGUAUUUUUAAUUGCGACGCAUGCCAUAAAGAAUAUCUUAAACCAUCGCAACUAGCCGAGCAUCUGUCCAGUGCGGAGCACAUUGUAAACGCUGGAUCGGAUGAACCAGAUCAGGCAGCCGAGGAGUCGAUUCUUCCUGAUAACAAUGAUGAUGAUGAUGAAGGGGAAAUGAUCACCGACGAUAACCCCCCAGUAGUCCCCGUCGAAGUAGCACAUGAUACGUCAGCAGAGGUAGAAGAUAUUACCGAUCAGCCUGCUCAUGAAGAGAUUGAUCGACAGCAGCCGUCUCCGGACACUAACGUCGUUUCUCAGCAUAGUGAUGAUCAUGGCGUCGAGGACAAUGAGCAACAAAUGGCGCAGACAUGCGAGAAUGAAGGUGAACAGCCAUCAGCGAGAGAAAACGUCAUCAAUCGAGAUGCCAGUCCCAUUCCGGUAGAUAGUGAAUCUUCACGAUCGCGUGAUGGUGGCGUACAGUACAGCGAUGUGUGUUCGACAAACAAUGAAGAGAAUCUCUUCAAUGGUAGUGGAACCGAUGUUUUCAACUCAUCGCGCCGAGUGACUUUUUCAGACAUCACAGAGGUGGUUGAUUAACUGUUGCGUUAGACGCCAUUCCUUGAUAACUGGCGAAAUUAUUUCGCGGUUUUUUAUUUGGAAUUCAAAACUUUAUACCUAUUUUUCAUAUAGAUUUAAGUACGAUUGUCUUUUGUGGAGUUUCAGUGAAUUUUCAACAAUAAUAUGUCGAUUCUUUGUUAUAAAUUGUGUGUAAAAUGCUGUAGCGGUUGUCCGCAGACGCAAGUCAGACCCACUUCUUCAAGAUAUUAUGGAUAAUGGGACUUACUAGCGAUCAAAAACUGUUAAUUUCGAUAUCAAAAUGUUAGGAAUAUAGUUUCUUAUGACGAUGAAUAAUAGACCUAACAUAACGUAACCUUAGAAUACCGUGAUCUCGCGCACUGUAUCAUGUUUUGAGUGUUAACGAUAUUGUUUUCCAAUAUACUUACAUUUUUUUUAAAUCGCACAAAGAAUCACCUACCAGUUCAAAUUUUGGAUUUCCUCGAAAGACAGAAGUCUGAAUAGGAUUGAUUAUACAUGCCAUUUAAGCCCACUUAUACAGUCUACCGAGAGCGUAAUUAAGAAACAUUUAAUCCGUUCAUUGUUUACUGCGGCCUUCGUCAGCAAGGGUACCGAAAAACUUGAAACUAAAGCGUGGUAGAAAAAGUUUCAAAAGAACUAAAUUAUUCGAAAAUGAAUGAUAAUGAACUUAAAAAAUCGCAAAUAUUACUUCUAAAUUACUCGGGGUAAGUUUAAGGUGCGUGAAAUUGCGGUACAUUAAAAAACAAUAGAAGCAUACAGCUAUUCUGUGUAAACAAACAGCAACUCAUGAAUAAAAUUCUUCAGGUGAUUACAA